GUCGUCAUCGUCUUCUUCGUUCAUCUUCUACCGGCGCAAAGAAUACAAAUUAAAUAUCGCUGAGAAAUGUGUCCGUGAGCCUUGAAUUCCAUGGGAAUUGAGUAUUUCAGGUUAUUGAAGCUAGCUUCCUUGUCGAAAUAAAGGGCAUGUUCCAAGUUUUGUAUAUCGUAUACAUCCUUUCUGCUCUCUUUAUAUUGGGAGAUCGAUGAGAUCGACCCUAACCGAGUCGAUUUGGUUUGGGUCGAUCUCAGAUAUCUCCCAAUACUUUACAACAUACAUACAACUGGAGAAAGAAAUCAACUUUUUGUUUGUCAUAGCAGAAGGUGCAACCUAAAGGCUUCUUCUACAUUAGAUCCUCUAGCGCAGAGGUAUGGAUUCCGCUGCUCAUAUCACUCCUUGAGUUGUAACUGCUUUCUCGAUGAGUAUAGGAUUUGCAUAUAGUUCGAUUAAGUUUUAGUUUUGGAUUAAUUUUGACUCUGUUACUUAGAGAAGAGAGGAGAUUUCAAAGACAUGUUAUUAGUUCUCUUUUCUUAUUCUCCGUCAUCCUUAGACUAUAAAGGUUUUAACAUCAAUGAGUCGUUUUCUACUCUCGAGUCUUCUUGUGUGGAAAAGUCAAAAGUAUACAAAAUACUCAGAAUACCAUCAUUUGUUCAUUUUCAUUGACUAUGAAAAUAGAAUAACAGCAAAACUUGCAAGACCAAUCAAGCUCUUUGAAUCGGUCUACAACACAUUAAAGAACAUAUAAUUUAUAUUUCUAUUGUAUGUACAGAUAAUAAUGGAUCAUUAUGCUUAUAUUAUAUGCACAAAUGUAUCUGGCGUUUAACAAAAGGAAUAAGAAACAUACAUGACUUCAACAAACUUUAUUUCUUGGAAUUUGGACAUCUGACAUAAUAUUCACUUCUUUCCUAUAACCAUGUCUAUAGACACAUGCCAAUGAGGAGCAAAACCCCAACGCCUCUCCGCUUCUCAAAUGGAAAGCAUCAGAGAGAUGAUUCUGAGUAUAGUUGGACUGAUGUAGGUACUGGGGAGAAGGCCAGGAAUGUCUCCGUCCUCGGUGCGAUCAGAAGGGCAGCUAAGAAAGUCUUUGUUAUUAUUUUCUUAGGACAACGGAAGUUAAAGCCAACAGAAUGUAGAUCUGAUCCUGGAGAGAGCAGCACGCACGACAGAGAAUCUACAUUAUCAGGCUGGACUGGUUAUUCAUCACCAAGCUCCUUUGGAAGGUCAACAGAAAGAAAGGUUUCAGGUCAAUAUCGUUUUUCUGGUUCAAGAUUUCAAAGUCCUGGGAAAGAUUCUUCUUCUAGCAAAAGUUGGCAUCAAGGCCCGGUAAUAUUUUCUUUUGGGGAGCUUCAAAGGGCAACCGCAAAUUUUUCUUCGGUUCAUCAAAUUGGGGAAGGCGGUUUUGGAACUGUUUUUAAGGGAAAACUUGAUGAUGGAACUAUUGUUGCUAUCAAGCGUGCGAGAAAGAACAACUAUGGCAAAAGCUGGUUGCUAGAGUUCAAGAAUGAAAUAUACACAUUGUCAAAGAUUGAGCAUAUGAAUUUGGUAAAGCUGUAUGGAUUUCUUGAACAUGGAGAUGAAAAGGUUAUUGUUGUUGAAUAUGUUGCCAAUGGAAACCUACGAGAACAUCUAGAUGGUUUAAGGGGUAACCGCCUUGAAAUGGCAGAACGUCUUGAGAUUGCAAUUGAUGUGGCUCAUGCAUUGACCUAUUUGCACACAUAUACUGAUAGUCCAAUAAUCCACAGAGACAUUAAAGCAUCAAAUAUCCUCAUCACGAAUAAGCUUAGAGCCAAAGUGGCGGACUUUGGCUUUGCUCGUUUAGUGUCGGAAGAUCUUGGGGCUACUCAUAUAUCGACUCAGGUCAAAGGAUCUGCAGGCUAUGUGGAUCCAGAUUACCUCAGGACGUUUCAACUAACUGACAAGAGCGACGUUUACUCUUUUGGUGUUUUGCUCGUAGAGAUUCUCACUGGAAGACGUCCCAUUGAGUUAAAGAGACCACGAAAAGACAGACUCACGGUUAAAUGGGCAUUGAGGAGACUCAAAGACGAUGAAGCUGUUCUCAUAAUGGACCCAUUUCUCAAGAGAAACCGAGCCGCCAUUGAAGUGGCUGAGAAGAUGCUGAGACUUGCGAGCGAAUGUGUUACCCCGACGAGAGCUACACGUCCAGCUAUGAAAGGCAUUGCGGAAAAGCUAUGGGCUAUAAGGAGAGAGAUGAAGGAGACGAUGAUAUGUUCAUCUGCAUCUAAUUCUUCUUGUUCUUCAACAACACAUAGCUUCAUUGGUCGUGAUUCAGACAGAUAUGCAUUGCCGAGGAUUGAAGAUAACGAGAAUAGCAUUGAGUAACUCUCUCCUUGAUGAUAUCAAUCUGUGAAACAUGCUGCUGCUUCUCAUUUGAAGAAUUUUUUUUACUUAGAUGAAUACAAAUACAUGUCACUUAAAUUUCUUUUGUUCUUGUAUAAAUACAAAUACAAAUUACUUCUGUUGAGUUUCAGAGAAUAUUCUUCAAAUGAGAAAAGAUGGAUAGUAGUCUUAACAUAUGUAAUGUAGAAGGCCAAAGUAGAAACGAUAUUUGAAUCCCAUA